GGAAUCCGACCAGUUUGCCAUCUCUACUCGAUUCUGCUUCUAUACGAAGGAAGUGUAUCUAGAAGAAAGGAAGAUAGAUUGCGUCCGUAUACGCUUCCAUUAUCUGUCCGAUUAUUUCCCGUUCUAAUACAAUUUCAUCAUCGAUCUUCAUCUUUGUCACAUCGAUCCACUACCUAGGGAUUACAGUGGAGGUGAUUGAUUCACAUCAGAGAGACAGAGAGAGAGUAUCGCCAUCCUUUCUUCUUCAAUCAGUGUCGAAUCUCUCAGAUCCCGAGUUCGCCACACAGAAGCAGGGAAUGGGAUUUUGGACACUGCUAGAAGGCUGCCUUCUUCUGGCAAACGCAUUAGCGAUACUGAAUGAGGAGCGGUUCCUUGGACCAAGAGGAUGGAGCUUCCAGGAAUUCUCGGGUGUGAGAAGAAAUUCGUUGAAGGGACAGUUCAUUGGUCUCAUUUAUGCAACUCAGUACAUGAGGCUUCCUCUUAUAGUUGCCAAUAUCAUUGUCAUUGUUCUGAUGCUGAUUUCAGGUUGACAAUUGCUUGAGCCAUUGUUUUGUUUAUUAAAUAAUGGUGUUUCUUUUUGUUAUCUAAAUCAAUUCCAUCUUCUUCUUUCAUGCUACACAUUAAAGAGCUUUGUUCAAAACGCUAGCCUUAGAUUUCAUGUAUGUCUUGGUGUAUUGAAUCAUCUCUUUUGACUGCAGUCCAUACUAGUGGCUUGGACUUUAUUAUAUUGUGAGAACUAGUUUUUUGUUAUAAGCCCA